GUACAGGCCGCCACACGCGACGAGCUCUUCGUCAAGGAGGCUGAAUUUUUACAGAGUCAUCUCACAAUCACUUAUCUCUCAGCCGCCAAUAUAUGAAAAUGCUUGGCCGUCAAAAUGCCUUAUAUCGAUGACGGGUUUGAGGCUCUAUUAGAGCCUUUUUACAAUGGAAAGAAGUUGACGGACCCUAUUUCGACUGUUGAUGAUAAGAAUCAACUACUCCCAGCUUUUUUGAAGGUCAAAGGUUUGGUAAAACAACAUAUCGACUCCUACAAUUUCUUCGUGGAUCAUGAAAUUAAAGAAAUCGUCAAGGCCAACCGCACGCUUAGAAGCGAUGUUGAUAGUAGCUUUUGGAUCGAAUUUAUAGACAUCCGGGUUGCACCUCCGGAUCGUUCCGACUUUACUGAAUAUAGGGUCGAAAAUGAUAUCACCCCUAUGGAAUGCCGUCUACGAGAUAUCACCUACUCUGCUAAGAUCCUCGUGGAUAUCGCAUACACGCGAGAAAAGCAAAAGAUUAUCCGUCGCAAUGUCGAGCUCGCUCGCAUGCCCGUUAUGUUGCGGAGCAACAAAUGCCGGUUGUACGGUGCAAACAAUGCCCAAAUGGAGCUCAUGAACGAAUGCCCCCUUGAUCCUGGCGGGUAUUUCAUCAUUAACGGGACGGAAAAAGUUAUUCUUGUCCAAGAGCAGCUGAGCAAGAACCGAGUAAUUGUCGAGGCAGACGAGAAGAAUAGCAUAAUCACAGCUUCAGUGACGAGUUCUACACACGAGAGAAAGUCCAAAACAUACGUUACCCUAAAGAAGGACCGCAUUGUUCUUCAGCAUAACGUUCUCGUCGAAGCUAUACCCAUAGUUAUCAUCCUCAAAGCUCUUGGUGGUCUUACGGAUUACGAGAUCAUGGAGCUCGUCACCGGUUCUGACGGGAGGUUCCAGGAUGAUUUUGCUGUUAAUUUUGAGGAAGCAACCAGAGUCGGUGUCUUUACUCAGCAACAGGCUUUAGAUUACAUCGGAGCGAGAGUAAAGAUGGGCGGUCGAGCAAAACAGCCUGGAGGACCGCCACAAGCUCGGCGUAGUACUAUCGAAGAAGGUCUCGAUGCCUUAGCUAACCUCAUUAUUGCUCACAUACCGGUCGAGGGUCUAGACUUUUACCCCAAAGCUAUCUAUAUCGCCCUCAUGGUUCGCCGAGUACUCAUGGCCCAUUACAACCCUAAGCUUGUCGACGAUCGAGAUUUCGUGGGUAACAAGCGACUAGAGUUGGCAGGGCAACUUCUGUCUUUGCUUUUCGAGGAUUUAUUCAAGAAUUUUAUGACUCAGCUCAAGUUCAACGUCGAGCACUCCCUGAGGAAACAAAAUCGAGCAAUCGCCGUAGAUCCUCUGGUGCAGGUUGGUGCUCAAGGAAAGCACAUCACUGAGGGUAUGAACCGUGCUAUUCAAACUGGAAAUUGGAGCGUGAAGCGAUUUAAGAUGGACCGUGCUGGUGUAACACACGUUCUGAGCCGUCUCAGUUACAUCAGCGCCCUCGGAAUGAUGACUCGUAUAAGCAGUCAAUUCGAAAAGACGAGGAAAGUCAGUGGUCCUCGUGCUCUACAGCCAUCACAGUGGGGUAUGCUUUGUACGUCUGAUACGCCCGAAGGCGAGGCCUGUGGUUUGAUUAAAAACUUGGCCCUCAUGACGCAUAUCACGACGAACGUGGAUGAGGAUCCUGUUAAGAAGAUGGUGUUUACAUUGGAUUCUGGGGUUGAACCGCUUCGAUGCUUCUCCGGUGCUCAGAUGCAUAGGAAGGGUACGUAUAUCGUCUAUAUUAACGGUACUCCGUUUGCUCUCUCCCGAUACCCGAAGCGGUUUGCAGCUAAAUUCCGCACUAUGAGACGAAGAGGGUGGAUAUCCCCAUUCGUCGGCAUUAAUGUCAACCCCCAUCUCUCAGCUGUGCAUAUCGCAACCGACGAAGGACGUAUCUGUCGACCGUACAUUAUAGUGAAGAACGGCCAGGCGAGAAUAAAGGAUAGUCAUCUUAGAUUGCUACAGGCUGGAAAGGUCACGUUUGAUGAUUUUCUGAAGCAAGGCAUUGUCGAGUACCUCGACGUCAACGAAGAGAAUGACACGCUAGUAGCACUCUAUGAAAAAGAUAUCACGAAGGCGACAACGCAUUUGGAAAUCGAGCCAUUCACGAUACUUGGCGCUGUGGCCGGCUUAAUUCCAUUCCCUCAUCACAACCAAUCUCCCAGAAAUACCUAUCAAUGCGCUAUGGGUAAACAAGCCAUCGGAGCUAUUGCUUACAACCAAUUCAACCGCAUCGACACACUGUUAUAUACUAUGGUCUAUCCUCAGCGUCCAAUGGUUAUCAGUAAAACCAUAGAGCUUAUUCACUAUGACAAGUUGCCUGCCGGGCAAAAUGCGACCGUUGUCGUCAUGUCAUAUUCGGGUUACGAUAUUGAAGACGCCCUUGUUCUGAACAAGGCAUCCUGUGAUCGUGGAUUUGGACGAGUCCAAGUGUUCCGCAAAUACACGGCGGAUCUUCAAAAAUAUGCUAAUGGAAGCCGAGAAAGGAUCGGUGACAAGGAUGAAACUCAAUCCAAGUAUAAUGCGCUCUCUAAUGACGGUUUGGCCGAUGUAGGAUACCCCGUUCAGAAUGGUGAUAUCCUUAUUAAAAAGGAGAGCCCGGUGGACAUAGCACCAGUAGUCGGAGUAGGCGUGAGGACCCAAGAGUACCGCGAAACACCAUUGUCGUAUCGACUCUCAGAUCCAGCUUACAUUGACAAAGUUAUGGUUACGCAGACUGAGAGGGAGACACAGCUCAUCAAGGUCCAAACAAGGCAGACCAGAAGACCUGAAUUAGGUGACAAAUUUUCAUCUAGGCACGGACAGAAAGGUGUUGUUGGAAUCAUUGUGGACCAGGAAGAUCUGCCGUUUUCGGAUUCAGGCCUCGUACCUGAUAUUAUCAUGAACCCUCACGGUUUCCCGUCUCGUAUGACAGUCGGCAAGUUAUUGGAAUGCUUAACAGGAAAGGCCUCGGUAGUCAAGGGGCGCAAGGACUACGGAUAUGGUGAUGCAUUCAGGUCUCAUCCUCUCGAAGCCAUGAGCAGAGAACUAGUUAAUGCCGGAUUCUCUUGGGAAGGCAAAGAUUACUUUACCUCGGGAAUAACAGGCGAGCCGCUCCAGGCCUACAUCUUCAACGGGCCCAUCUUCUACCAGCGACUAAAGCACAUGGUCCAAGACAAGAUGCACUCCCGCUCGCGCGGACCCCGCGCUAUCCUUACCCGCCAACCCACCGAAGGUCGUUCCCGAGACGGUGGUCUGCGUCUCGGUGAAAUGGAACGCGAUUGUCUCAUCGCGUACGGCGCCUCGCAGCUCCUUCUCGAACGCCUGAUGAUCAGCUCCGACGCGACCGAGAUCGACAUCUGCGAGCGGUGCGGCUUGUUCGGGUACAAGGGUUAUUGUAGCACGUGCCAUAGCAGCCGCGAGGUCGCGCGCAUGACUAUGCCGUAUGCUGCGAAGUUACUCAUACAGGAACUUAUCAGUAUGAAUGUUGGCGUGCGGUUACAAUUAGAAGAUGAGUUCCCUCACCCGAGGUAGUGGUAUACAUAUAUGUACCUACCUAACCUAGUAUGGAAUGGAAAAUUACAGUUGCGAUUGCAAGAUAUCACUUAUAUGCAUUGGGCGGCGUCCUUUUUUGCUGGCGUGGCAUUGGCUAGCUUGGAAUCAUGUAUAUACCUACGUAUUAAAUCAAGCUUGUAUGAUGAAGGGGUAGUCGAGACACCAAAAUAAUUGCGGUUGAUUGAUUUAAUUUCUUAUAAGAGAGUUCC